CGACUAUGUAGUGGCUUCGUUACGACGUCACUUCCCCCCCAAACAACUCUGAGGAUUCUUCUUUUUAACUGCUCUGGCGCUUAGCUUUUAAAAGUACAAUAUUAAAGCCUUUCCCAAAGCCUGGCGACGCACCGUGGAUUGAUGUUAUUAGCCACUUGGUGGCUGCAAACUUUGAACCUGUAAGAGAUAUUUGUCUCCAUCAAACGUAAAUACUGCUAUGGUAAAUAUUUACGGACACACGUGUUGCAAGCAUACAAACGGGACUAUGGAGGUAGCUGUGAAAGGGAGGGCCAAGAGGAGGCAUUUGAAAGCAGAUGAACUGGAAAGAAGUGAAGAAGGUCUUCGAGCCCUCACCCACCCGCAAAACACAAACACCAGACGUAGCAAUGCUUCUUUACACCCAUGGACACCUGCCAAGAGACGGAAGUGUGCAGCAGAGGCCUACGCAAAUGGACUCAACGGAGAGCAAUUAUCUGAAGACGUAAGCACUACUGACGAUGAGGAGUGGAGCCCACUACCUGCCGAGAUACCCUCAGACUCAGACAAGCAGUCUGAUGUUACGGAGAUAGACCAUUUCGAGGGAAUCACAGCCGAAAUGUUCGAGGAUGACUUUGACUGUUCUGAUGGGAUCAUGCUGGAAGAACCGGAGGUUGAAGCACUACCUGAUGCCACCUACGGGCUUUUAGGUAGCAGUAGGACGCUGCAGAAGCCUCAGGGUUGCAUCGACAACCUUCCAGAGGAGGUGCUGAGACAGAUAUUCACUCAUCUUCCUGCACGGGACCUCUACAGGAGUGCCAUGCUUGUCUGCGUUCAUUGGCGUAACAUAAUCGAGGAUCGCAAGUUUAUGCCCUACAAGAAAAGGUAUUAUCGCUACCUGAUGGAGGAAGAGACAACGGUCUUUGAAGUCUCCUCCUCAUUGAGGAACUGCGGCAUACUGACAUCACAUAUGUCACCGAGUGGCAUCCGAAACCUUGUUAUUUCAAUGGCACAUCAUGGGUUUGGUGAGAGAGUGGAUCCAACAGCGGUCCUGGAGUGCAUCAAGAAACAUCGCCUUUUUCCUCAUGCCGAGGCGUCCUUGACCUUGCGCAUUCGUAAUGUUCCCAAGUGCAAAUAUCUUGAAACUGAGGGUCCCAACCCGUAUGCAGCCAUGGCCGUGAUACUGCUGCUCAAUGAGAGCGUCAGCGACGUGCUAUCUUUGGUGUCUUUACUGAAUGGCUGCAUGUCACACAUGGCCGUCACGGAGUACCUCAGCCACAUGGCGAUGCUGUUGCUUGCAGCCAGGAGGAACAACGUAAAGAUUAGUGAAAGGUUGCAUUACAACAUCUACUAUGUCCUUCAUCUCAGGGAUAAUGGACCAUUUUCUGUUCGGACCUCAGAGGGCAGGUCGUCCAGUAUGAACAUGACCUCCGAGCAGCUGCAUAUCCUCAGCCACGACAUCCAGAAGGACCACAUGGUGAAGAUUGUUGCUUUUGCAGGUACGGGCAAGACGACCACACUGAUAAAAUACACCGAACAGCGGCCAGACCUCCGCUUCCUGUACGUUGCCUUCAACAAAUCCGUGGCCAAUGAGGCCUCACAUCGCUUCCCAGCAAAUGUGGACUGCAAGACUGUCCACUCUCUGGCCUUCAGGGACAUUGGGAGACUGUACAAAAAGAAGCUCACCUUUAAUUUGACCACGUUCUCCAUCAACACGGUCCUGCCUGAGGGCCGAGGGGGACUCACGAAAGCAAAAGUGGUCACCACCACUCUGAACAACUUCAUGGCUUCAAAGGAUCAGACCAUCACGGUUGAUCAUGUUCCGGACGUGCAUGUUAGUCUUAAAGGCCUCAAGACAUGUUUAGACAACGUGGAAAAAAAUUUGAUUGUCGAGGAUGCGCAGACGAUUUGGAUGAAAAUGACGGAUGUCAAUGAGACUAAAAAAGGCUAUAACAUCACUCACGAUGGUUACCUAAAGCUAUGGCAGCUCCAAACCCCACCGCCCCAACUCCACGGCUACCACGUCCUUUUGAUUGACGAAGCCCAGGACUGCACUCCAUGCAUCAUGGAUGUACUGUUGAAACAGCAAUGUGGCAAAAUCCUGGUUGGAGAUCCUCACCAGCAGAUUUAUACCUUCAGAGGAGCUGUGAAUGCUCUGCAGACAGUCGCGCACACCCAUAUCUACUAUCUAACACAGAGUUUUCGCUUUGGGGCCGAGAUCGCCUUCGUGGGUGCUAUGGUCCUCAAGGUGUGCAAGAAAGUCCGCAAGAUUUUAGUAGGAGGACGGCAGGAAGGGGGUGUGUUUGAUGAAAAGGCGGCCCAGGCUGCUCGAGACAUUGCAAGCGGCAAGACUCCAGGCAAGGGAAAAACCGCCCUCUUGUCCCGAUGCAAUCAAACCAUGUUCAGUGAGGCCGUGCGGCUGACAGACACCAACAAAGACUGCAGGAUCCACUUUGUAGGCGGCGUGGACAACAUUGGCUUGGAUAAGAUCAAGGACAUUUGGUAUCUGAUGGAAGCCGCAGGCAAUCGCAAAUUCAUCAAGGAUGACCUCCUUCGCACCUUUUCCAAAAUCAAAUUUAACUCCUUUGAGGCUCUGAAGAUUUACGCCAAAAAGACAGCAGACCACGAGCUGGAGGGCAAACUGAACAUCGUGGAACGAUACAGACAUCGUAUCCCAGAUUUGGUGAUGCGCCUGAAAAGGCUCUCUGAGGCUAACAUCAACAAAGCAGACUUCAUUCUGGGCACAGUCCACAAGGCAAAAGGUCUGGAAUUUGACAUUGUGAUGGUCAGUGAUGACUUUGCCGAUGUGCCGGCCUCAUAUCACUACAUCCACUGCUUUCCCGAUUUUUCAUUUGAUAAAACCGUCGAUGAUGAAUGGAACCUACUUUAUGUGGCAGUGACUCGCGCUAAAACGACACUGAUCCUCACAGAGAAGAUCCUGCGCAUCAUCACUAUGGCUAGCGAAUACUUCCUGAAGUCUGAGAUGCCCAGCGCCCCACUGACAGAGGACAACGUGCUGCAGUGUACCAACUACAACUGUCCCAACACCAUCACACCAGGCGCGCCUUUCAUGAUGUGCCAAAGACAGCUGCCGUUUACUGGCAGUGUGGUGUCUACAGGGGGCCAACUGUGUGAGAGGUGUGUCUGGUCCCGCGUGGGCCCCGUCGCCUUUCUCAUGACUGACAACGUGUGCUGCAUGGCUGACGCUCCAGUGAUAUUACCCCCAGACCUGCCUUUCAUCCAGUUAUUUUUUCCGGGACCAUUCUGACUAAAAUGAAAAGAACGUUAUACAUUCAUUCCUACCAUCGCGGCCUUUAGCAUAUAACAAUUUAUGCCAGACAUUUAUCUAGCUCAGUUGCUAGCAGUGCAAUACUUUAUAUCAGAGAAUAUUGAAACAAUUCAGUUUAAGUUUUUGCGGUGAAUUAAAGUUUUUAAAACUUU